GCGAGCUUGCCUCAACUGCCUCGUGGUCGAGGUGGAGGCCAUGGACGUGUUCAGUACUGGGAACAUUUUAAUCAUGUAAUCAUGUUUUAUUCGGCACUGAGAUAUGUCUACCGAAGUUGUAGUCGACACAGUUUUGUUGGUAGAAUAACUCAGUGUUUGGCACAACCCUCACAAUGCCAUCAAUCGCUGCGAUUUACAUGUGCCGUCUCUCAACUCCGAAGGCGAAGCCCUCACAAGAUAUGGGGUUGGACGAUGGGGAGACUUACUACUGGGACAGAGCUGUCAUACUCUACAAAAAAACUAACGGAAAAUGAAUAUAACGUCAUCAUCAUCAGACGCAACCAAGAUCAUUUGGAAAGAGAGGCGAAGGAGUACCUUUUGCAAGAUGGAAGGAGCGAAGCGGAGAUUAUUAGUGAUUACGAGAACGAAGCUCGUGAAGCUGAAAAGGACCUUGGCGGACUUCUACCGUAUAUAUAUGCUGUUAGUCUUAAAUGUUUGAGGGAUUCGCCAACAUAUCAAAACACUCAUCUUCUACAAGAUGACAGGUUAUCAUCAGCCCUGCUGACCAUCCUCGACAAAGGUUUGAUGGAGGAAAGUUUUCCACGUCAGUUAAUCGGAUUGUUGUUAGUUGGGGUUUUAAUUCAGCCAUCUCCAGAAAUCCUUCAGUUUUAUAAGGAACUGGAGAGACACAUGUCACAGGUAUGGUCCGAAUGGCAUGUUAAGAUUAGGAUAGAUGCCUGCCACCGAUGGUUACGUCUGUCUGUACUACACAAGCAGAAUUACCUUGAAGAGCAGAUAAGGAUUUUCUUGAAGCACUUGAUGAGUGAGGCAGAGCUAGAGAGGAAAGAACUUGGAGGCAAAGAAAUUCACUGGCUUGUUAGUGUUCUAAAAUCUGCAACACACUAUUCUUGUGAACUGGGAGGAAAAUGGGUGGAUGAAAAUGAUGUAAGACAUUUUUUACAGGAGCUGAAAUUCGACAGUGAAUUCUCUGAGCCGAGAGAAGUGUACAGGUAUGUCAGCCUCUGUAAAAAUGUUGAAUAUUUGGUGCCCUCUGACAUUUUAUGGAAGGGGUUGGAGAUUCUGCUUUGUGAUGGAACUGAAGAAUACAAGAUACGUGCAUUUCUGUGCAUUAAGUGGAUGUUGGGCUUAGCCCAAAAGCAGAAGUUGAAUAAAGGUUUCAUGGAUGUACAAUAUGUUACAGAACUUGCUGAGAUAUUUAAGAAGCACGCAUCUUUGUUGCCAUUGAGACAGCAAAUUGGUAUUACAUGGGAAUUUAGUGUAAUGAAUUAUUCUGAUCAUGAAAUGCUGUUGAAAGUUGCUGAGAACUUUGUGGCUAAUGCACAAGAUAUCGAUGGGGACGGUGGUCAUAGUUUAGUUCAUGCUUACCUACUAAUGGAUUGCAAUACAGAUAUUGCUUUUUUAAAAAAAGUGGUUGAUUUAGUGCAAAACCAAGGGAGAAAUAUUCCCCCUUUCAAAUUGCUUUCCAUUUCUUGUGAUUUGAUGUGCCAUCAUGGCUAUUAUGAACUCUUCAGUGGAAUACUUGAUAGUUGUUUCCAGUCUGGUCUGAUGAAGGAGGAAUCAUUAAAUGUCAUGAAGCCAAAAGGGAAUGCAUGUAUAAGGAUUGUGGAGUUGUGUGGAAGGUUAGAAAUAGAGCAAAUUGACAAGUAUGUUAAGAAGAUUCCACCAAGCCUUUACAAAGCAGAUGGUAUUCAAUACUUUGCAGAGAAAUUGAAAAAUAUAUGUCAGCAUUCCUCAAAGAAGGCUGUUUUAGAGGCUGUACAGACGAUUCUUGGUGGUCCCCACAUGGCAAGAGUCACGCCAGUACUUCCCAUAUAUCGUCCUAUUGUGGAGUUCUGUUUGAAUGAAUUAAAUGAGCCUGUAGACAUGAAGCUGGUGCCCAGGGUCUUUGAUGAAAAUGGAUUCCUCAAAAUGGAAAACAUGUCUGCCUUGCCAGAAAGAUGGAGAAGAAUAGCAGUGUGGAUUCUUCAUGAUGAAGAUUUUUUUAUCAACAAGCCAGUGUUAACUGGUGAAGCAAAGGCUGACAAAAAAUUCCUAUAUCAAGCAGGAUACACAGAGGUUCUCAAGGUGCCUUUUAGUAUGGUGAAAGGGAAAUCUGCAAGUUUGCACAAGUUUUUGAAGGAGGAAUUGAAAAAAAUCCCUCACAUAAGAAACUACACAGACCUAAGCUGUCAUAUUAUAAUGAAGAGUUACUUUUACGGUCUUUUUUCAUCUUCUUAAGUUUGAGGUCAAUCGGUGCAUUUCCAUGGGAGAAGUAGCCAUUUGGUGCCAAAACUGAAAACUCUCUUACACCUAUUUUGGAACUAGAGAAAAUGCUAGAGAUGUCUUGUUUAUUGCAUUUUGUAGAGCUUGUCAAGUGCAACACUGGAAGUGGUGUCAGUUUUUAUGUACA